AUGAUGCGGCGGAACAAGGUUCGGAGGAUCUGCCAGCCAAUCUAUACAAUCCGAUGUUUUAGAGUUCAGUCGAGCGGCCUGUCCCAAUUGUUCCAAGUGGUGCUUGCCCUGCUGCUUUGGUGUCCCGCUGCCCUGGCUUGCCUGGCCAGUUGCGGCUGCGCAGCCUCGGCCGUCCUCGUCAUUGCCAGCUCUAUCUCAGGCUUGUGCGGAGGGCAGGCUUUGUCCGACAGGGACACUCUGGCUAGAAUGCUGGCAGGAUAUGCCUGCUUCCGCUUGACUCAGCAUCGUCCCAACUGCUGUGCACUACGUACCAGGGCAGAUCAGGUCACAACGCAAGCCGUAGAUCUCCCCAUCGCAAUGUCGAGGGGAGUCCCCAGCAGGGCUGUGCCGGCGACGAGAAGGAUGCCCUGUCGAGACAGCAUGGGGAGAGAGGGUUGA